AUGGCACCGGAUUUUGAGAAGAAAAGACAACCUGCUAAGGUUACUGGAUAUUUUGGACACUGUAGUUAUAAUAAUAAUAAACAAGGCAUGAUUUUGUUAAAAUGUCCUGGGAAUCCAUUUACGGAUUACUACCAUCACGGCAAUACUGUUAGCGAAAGCGGUACCUCUACGGUGACGUCGUUGAGCACGAGAAGCUUAGCGAGCAAUACUUUGCGUCAGUCAUCAAGACGUUUUAAUCAACCAUCAGCGCAACAGCAACUGCCUCAGACACAACAGCAGCAGCAACAACCGCAGAGAAGAUCACCAGCUCGGAUUCCUCUAGCAUCACUGAGCAGUGUCACGGUCAGAAAUUCAGAUGAACUCGUGGCAGCAAACUUAACGACACAGGAAGUUUGCGACAGUUCGAACGACUCUGGCCUCGGCUUCGAGGAGAGACAGCAGCAUCUCGGCAACUCCUCGACUUGGAACAACGGUGCUGCUGGGGAGGAAGAUAGCAAACGACGUAAAAUGGACAUCAAGCUUGAAUCAGAAGAUGCCAAUUUUACUUUCCCAGAAGUAUCAAGAAACACUACUGGUGUUGCCGGUGCUGCUCCUCGUGUCACUGUUUCUGAUGAUAGUAAAAUUUCAACAAGAAAUACCACAACUUCAACGACGUCUAGCAGCACGGCUAAUGGAGUUACACAGUCAAGGAACGCCAAUAAUUCUGUUAAUCGAGUUGUUGGUGUAACACGACCACGUUCAACACUGGGUGGCUAUGGUAAACGUCUGCCACCUCAACAACACCGUGCUCGAUACCAGACAGAAGGAUCACGCGGUGCCGUAAAGGAUCGGACCGGGAAUGGAUUUCCAAUAGUCCGUUUGGUUGGGUAUGACAAACCAGCGCUUUUGCAAGUUUUUAUCGGAACGGAUCUCGGGCGUGUAGCGCCACAUAUGUUUUAUCAAGCAUGCCGGGUGAGCGGAAAAAAUUCCACACCCUGUAUCGAGCGUAAGGUUGACGGGACAAUUGUCAUUGAGGUCGAUAUGGACCCGUCCAAAGACAUGCUUGUUACUUGUGAUUGCGUUGGUAUAUUAAAGGAACGUAACGUCGAUGUUGAGCAUCGAUUUCCUCAAGCUGCGGGUAUGCUUCAAGGGCGAAGCAAAAAAAAGUCUACAAGGUGUCGAAUGGUAUUCCGUACAAGUAUCACUUUGCCAGAUGGAACAACUGAAACUCUACAAGUUUGUUCGCAACCAAUCGUUUGCACUCAACCACCGGGUAUACCGGAAAUAUGUAAAAAAUCUUUGACAUCUUGUCCAUGUACAGGUGGACUUGAACUUUUUAUUCUAGGUAAGAAUCUGUUGAAAGACACACGAAUACUCUUUCAGCUUGACGACGAAGAUCUCAGUAAUAUGGAGCAACAUUGGGAGUGCUCUGUUAUUCCAGACAAGGAAUUCCUUCAGCAAACACACCUCGUGUGUGUUGUACCGCCUUAUGCUAGACAAGAUCUCAGGCCUACGGAAACUGUAACUGUUAAACUUUAUGCCGUUUCCUCGGGUAAAACCAGUGAACCACAUACCUUUUUAUAUACCGCGGCUUCAUCUCCACCAGAGCCUUCUGUUGGUAAAGUUGAAUCGUCCUCACCGCCGCUCGUUACGUCACGAAACGAACCAUUGUCUACGUCACCGACGAUACCUAUUGGGGCUGUCAAUAAUAACUCACUAAUAUCGCAAUCAAGUGCAGUAUCACCGAAUUUCCUGACAAAUCUCCCUCAGUCUACAUCUCAACAACAUUCACCUCAACCACCGUCAGAUUCACUGAAAAAUGACCCAAGUCCGCCCCCAGUGUCAUCAUCCGCACAAGUAACACCAGUGAUGAUGUGGGCGACUCAACAAACCGGAAAUUGUCAGAAUUCAUCGGCAGAUGUUAUGAUGCCGCCACCAAAUCUUGUGGCGAGUUCUCUUUUAAAUCGACGUUCCUCCUCAAAUCAUCAGCUCAUUAUUCCGGAUUCUCUUAAGUCUGAAGUAAUUGAUGAAAAUAGUGGAAAUAGUAUGUUAAGUGAUAAUAGUCUUCAAAGUAUGCCAACACCAAAUUCAAACAGUACAGCAAGUACUAGCCCAAUACAUCAAUAUGUGUCGGAAAAUUCACGAGAUUCAACAUCAACCGGACUACUUAGAUCAGUUCCAUCACAUGUAACUCCUUCUCAAGAAACUGUAAGUCUUCUAGGGGUUGUCGAUUUGAUGCGUAAUCAACAUCCACUGACACUUAUAACCCAACAUCAGAGUCCAUAUACUGGUAUUCAUGAACAAUCAGGAGUCAAAGUCCUCAAUACCCAUCAUAUUAGUAAAGACACAAGUCCAAUAUUACAAAAUGAAAGUACAGGCAGUGGUACUCUAUCAGGUGUAGGAGUUGGUGUUGAUUUACGAAUGAAGCAUCAUGAAUACGAAACUCUAAGUAAUUUCACAACUACUCCAGCAGCUCAGCCUUUGCCAAAUCAAAGCAGUCAGUCAAUUGAGAAAUAUUUCAAUCACAUUGAAUCAACAGCUCCUACGGUAAAAGAAUCUGACCAAGAAGAUUCUAAUUUUGUGGAUACAAUGCAGCAACAUUCCGUUCUGGUUGGUCCUCGUCCUCAAGAUCAGUCUUCGCCUACAGAUAUUCUAGCGCCAAACGCAGCAACUGUUAAAUUAGACGCUCUCGUUAAUUCAGCCGUUGAGUCUCAUCAAAUGGAUCGUAUGGUAGCGCCUCUGCAGACAGUAACGACAAGUCCAGGAUUACUAAGUCAUGUGCCUGAAGUAGAUGCAAUGAGUACUUCUCAAACGACAACACGAACUAGUCCACCGAUUCCAGUAAAAGCUAUGCUUCUUGAAGCACUGAUGCCUUCUCCGGUGGUUCCAGCUACUGGUGCGACCAAUGGAUCCAACGGUACAGUUAUCUCAGCGCCUCUACCCGAAGAAUCUUUAAUGACAACUAUAAAUGCCGCUCUACUUCCAUCUAUCCAAGAACCCAUUAGACUUACAAAUGCCGCUGAGCAAGCCAUCACAAAUGUUAUUACAAAUGCAACCCAAGAUAUUAUAAACAAUCGGCCUAUUUCUACUACGACAGCUCACGCGAUUAUUGCUACUAAAAAUAUCCUCAACAGUGUUGCAACUCAGAGCGCUCAGCUUAUGAAUACUGCGAUGGAAGGUAUACUUCCCAAGUCACCGUCCAAUGCUGGAACAGUUGCUGAACAAGUCUCACGUAAAUCAUCGCCAAAUUCACUUCCUGUUGCGCAAAAUCGUUCUAAUAACACUAAUGGGAUGUCCAAUGCUGUCAACAACUCAAAUGGCCAAGUGUCUGUUGUCAGAAAAGCCGAAGAUGCGGGUGGCAUGCUUCCGCAAGAAUUAACUUCUAUGUCAGAGCACGAUCUCCUCAGCUAUAUAAAUCCAAGCUGCUUUGAUCAGGGAGCUUUUCUUAUGUAG